AUGACAGCUGAAAAUUCUCUUUUUAUAUCUCGUCUAAGUAAAUUUGAUAUUUCCCUGGAAACUGACAUCACGGCUAUUGCAACUGAUGGACCGAAUAUUAUGUUAGAUGUGGGACGGCUUGUUUGCACUGAACAACAACUGUGUCUCGCACAUCGUGUUAAUUCCAGCCAUCUGUGUGUGCUUUACAAAAACAUAAUUUUUUUUUGGAUGGACGACAGCGAUGAUGAUGACCAUUUAGAAGACAUAGACUGUUCAGAAUCAGGUUUAGUCUUAAUGUCACAAAAUGAUCUUGCGCGAGAAAUGCGAGAACAUAUACCAGGGAUAAUACAAGAUAAAUAUGAGCUGAUAAAGAAAAUCCGUAGUUGUAGUUUAUUUCAAAAGAUCACCAUUGAAAAAUGA